AAUUCUGAUAAUAGAUAUGGGAUCCAUAUGGAUGAUCUUUAUUGCCAUUGUUGGUGCUCAUUUAGUCCUAAGAGCUCUGUUCAAGAAUGUGAAUUGGUUGCUCUAUGAAGCAAAACUUGGCGUUAAGCAAUACUCUUUGCCCCCAGGUGAUAUGGGCUUGCCCUUAAUUGGAAAUAUGUGGUCUUUCCUCAGAGCAUUCAAGUCCAAUCAUCCAGAUUCUUUCAUGACCUCUUUUGUUAAAAGGUUUGGAAAAAUAGGCAUAUACAAGGUAUUAAUGUUUGGAAACCCAAGUGUAAUUGUGACAACACCAGAAGCAUGCAAAAAAGUUCUAACAGAUGAUGAAAAUUUCAUACCUGGAUGGCCACAAUGUACAGUUGAAUUAAUUGGAGAAAAAUCAUUCAUCAAAAUGUAUUCUGAAGAACAUAAACGACUUAAGCGUUUAACAUCAUCUUCAAUCAAUGGCUAUGAAACACUUUCAGUUUACUUGAAAUAUAUUGAAGAAAAUGUGAUUAGUUCAUUGGAAAAAUGGACUCACAUGGGUGAAAUUGAGUUCUUAACUCAAAUUAGAAAACUUAUCUUUAAAAUUAUUGUGCAUAUUUUCCUUGGUUCAGAAAAUGAUUCUGUUAUGGAAGCUUUGGAAAGAGAAUACACAAUGCUUAAUUUUGGUGUUAGAGCCAUGAGAAUUAAUAUUCCUGGAUUUGCAUUCCACAAGGCACUCAAGGCUAGGAAAAUUCUUGUGGCUAUAUUUCAAUCAAUUGUGGAUAAGAGAAGAAAUGAAAGGAAGGAAAAAUUAUUACCAGGGCAAAAAGGAAAAGAUAUGAUGGAUUCUUUGAUAGAUGUUGAAGAUGAAAAUGGAAGAAAAUUAGGUGAUGAUGAAAUCAUUGAUAUCAUGUUGAUGUACUUAAAUGCUGGUCAUGAAUCUUCAGGACAUAUCACCAUGUGGGCUACUUAUUUUCUGCAAGGGCAUCCAAAAAAUUUCAAAAAGGCUAAGGAAGAACAAGAGGAAAUCCUACGGAGAAGGCCUCCAACACAAAAAGGGUUGAAGCUUGAGGAAGUUGGACAAAUGGAGUAUCUUUCUAAGGUGAUUGAUGAAACAAUGCGAUUGAUUACAGUAGCACUAGUGGCCUUUAGAGAAGCAAAAUCUGAUGUCAAUAUUAAUGGUUACCUCAUUCCAAAAGGUUGGAAAGUUCUACUUUGGUUCAGAUCAAUUCACCUUGAUCCCGAAAUUUAUCCUAAUCCAAAGGAGUUCAAUCCUGAUAGAUGGAAUGAGGUGCACAAAGCUGGAGAAUUCCUUCCAUUUGGAGUAGGAACUAGGUUGUGUCCUGGCAAUGAUCUUGCUAAGCUCGAAAUCUCAGUUUUCCUUCACCAUUUUCUCCUCAAUUAUGAGAUGGAACAACUUAACCCGAAAUCUCCUGUGAGAUUCUUACCACAUCCAAGACCAAUGGACAAUUGCUUGGCAAGGAUCAAGAAACGUUCAGUUGUGUGAUCAACAGAUAGAAAAGAUAUUCAUUUGGGGAAUUUACAUCAAUUAAUAACACCAGAGACCAAGACAGAAAAUGAAAAUUAUAGAAGUUUCAUGUGUUAAUGAUAAAUAGUGUGUACUAGUUUAUCUAUCUGCUUGAAUAAAAUCUUUAAGAGGAAUUUGUUUUUUCUUCUACUAGUGUUAUAUACAAAUAUAUUAGAGUAUUCGUGUGUGUGACCACCGUCUACAACCAUUGAACCUAAAAUUCAAUCAUGACUACUCCAAUCAUCGUCAAUUGGCAUUGUCUUGGAUCGAAUUCAACACCACUGAUGAUCGUCCCUAAGGGCUCCAAAACCAUAGAACAACAAAAACCCUUUACUUCAGCACGUAGAACUAUGAUUCAUACUUAAUAUUUAUAUUUAGACCUCGCAAUCAGAAAAUAUAAGAUGAAAGAGUUAGAAUAAAAAAAGUGAAUCAAACAAUAAAAAAAGAGUUAGAAUGAAAAAAGUGAAUUAAACACUAAAUUUGAAAUUAAAAAUCAAGUUUAAAGGUA